UUGUAUGUGCUGGUCACUGAAAAGGGAGGGCUAGUUGAAGUUAUCAACAAGAAACUCUGGCGAGAGAUCACCAAAGGCCUAAACCUGCCAACCUCAAUCACCAGUGCGGCCUUUACCCUGCGCACACAAUACAUGAAGUAUUUAUACCCCUAUGAAUGUGAGAAGAGAGGCCUUAGUAAUCCAAAUGAACUGCAGGCAGCCAUUGACAGUAAUCGUCGGGAAGGACGCAGACAAAGCUUUGGAGGCUCCCUUUUCACAUACUCCCCAAGUGGAGCUCCAAGUAUGCUUUCCUCCCCAAAGAUGCAGGUCCCUGCCAUGACAAUAGGGGGCGCUGCAACAAAUGGAAGCUCACUUACCCCAAUCCAGAAGAUCAAGAAGGAGGACGAAUCUCCUUUGUCCUUGACAAUGCCAUCCAGGAUCCCGGUUACCUUAACUGGGCACUCUAUGGUAGCAGCUCAGGUGGCCGCCCAAGCAGCAGCCCUAGAACAGCUUCGUGAAAAGCUGGAGUCUGGGGAGCCUCCAGAAAAAAAGUUGGCACUGGGAUCUGAGGAACAGCAGCGUUUGGUGCAACGGGCUAUCCAGCAGAACCUGCUGGCCAUGACCACACAGUUUCCCAUGAAUAUCCGCAUUAACAGCCAAGCAGAGGGGAGACAGGAGUCUGCUGUUAACCUCACUACCAAUGGCACAAACAGUAUUAGUAUGUCUGUGGAGCUUAACGGUAUUGUAUACACAGGUGUGUUGUUUGCUCAACCUCCUACCUCAACGUCUGGAAUCAGCAAAGGGAGUAUCACCCGGACUGCCAGUAUGGGAGGGGCCAGUAGCACAACAGUUGCACCACCUUCUGCUCCCCCAGCUCCCUCUUCCAACAGCUCUUCACCCUGA